UUUCAACUGUUUUUCACUGGAGUUGGCGCGAUUAAAAACGGCAGUUACAGUUCGCUCUCCUGGUUCACAUCGUUUGCUACCCGUUUUCGUUUUGAUGAAUUAACCCCCCUUCAAGAUGUCUCAUAAGAAUAUCUACUACUCCGACAAGUAUAAUGACGACCACUUUGAGUACAGGCAUGUGGUAUUGCCGAAAGAUAUGCUGAGUAAGAUCUCCACCUCACACCUAAUGACAGAAGAGGAAUGGCGCAGGAUUGGUGUUCAACAAAGUCGAGGCUGGAUCCAUUACAUGAUCCAUAAUCCUGAACCCCAUGUUCUUCUCUUCAAGCGCCCUCUACCCAAAGGAGAGAACCAAACACAAACCAGUUAAAAUUAUUCUCUGGUUUCCUUUUCUGUUAAGUUUAUUUUAGUUUUACCAUCUGUGUGGCAUGCUCGCCAGUUGUACCUCAGCAUUUACUUUGUUCAUAAGUAGUUCUUUCCUUCAGAGAUGUAUAUUUUUAAAGUGAUAAUGAACUGAUUCUCCCUCCUCAAAAAAAGGAAAAAGAAUUGUAUGACAUGGCAGUUUAUUUCACACCUAUGGGUAUCAGCACACUUUUACUAAAAUGGUUGGCAGGUUAUUGACCAGCUUUGGAGCCUCAAUAUUUCAGUUUCGGGUUAGAUAUUGUACAUAUAUUUAUUUUUAUAACAUGCCACUUUUGCCAUCCCCAUACCCUUUGUACAUUGUGACUCAUUAGGUUAGUGAUCACCUCCAUUUUUUAAUAUUAGUAUCAUCCAGCUCCCUGGACUAGAAAUUAAUGCUUUUGACACAUUCAACUCGACUGUUUUACUUGUUAAAUGAAGAGGUUGCCUGUCAUUUCUUUGUAGUGUUCGGAGCUGGACUUUUAGUCAACUGUUCUUCUACUUCAGAGAUGUAUAUUUUUUUAAGUUAAAAUAAAUUGCAUUUGUAACUUUAA